AUGGCUCUGAGCGCAGCUGAAACCGAUAUACUACUGGCUGGCUAUGACACUUUCGAAGCCCGCUAUGAGGCUGAGAAAGACGCCAUUGAAACUGCUGCAGCAGUCUACGAUUAUCACUCUAAUAUUGUCUGGGACGAGGUCGAAAGAUACGCAGAAAACAAGGCAGCUGAAGACGCAGACAUCUUCGGUGAUACUUCAGAGGAUCCGUUCAUCCGUAAUUCAAACGUGACCUCGGAAACAGUACUGCCUUCCUCGGUUUCAGCGAUCCUUCUUCCAAAUUCUUCUGUUCUGCUGCACAACGUACUUCUAGCAAAAGAGCGCCGGGAUUCCGUCCUUUCGGGAACAAUGGCGCUGAAAAAGCCAGAUGUCCCAACAGUCUCAAUCAAGCAGGUCGAAGAAUUUCCAGUGGAUGCGAGCUUCUUCCAAGUGCAUGGCAAAGUAGUCGAGUUAGACAGCCCCACCGAGAGCAACAAGCCCACUGUGCGCGAGCUUCCGUACGGCCAUUUCCACACAACGCAAGCUGUUUUGCAAGACAAGUCGGGCGCGAGAAUGACGGUGGAAGCCGUCAGCAAAGACAAGAACUUCGUGGAGACUGUCAGCAAGCAAUGCUCGAAGGGCAACACCAUCCUGCUGUACAGGCCGGUUGUGGCUUCGUGUAGGUAA